GCCACCACUGUGACCAUGACUACAGAGUCUGGUGCAUCUUCAACACCUUCUCCAGACAGUGCCACCACUGUGACCGUGUCUACAGAGCCUGGUGCAUCUUCAACACCUUCUCCAGACAGUGCCACCACUGUGACCGUGUCUACAGAGUCUGGUGUAUCUUCAACACCUUCUCCAGACAGUGCCACCACUGUGAACGUGACUACAGAUUCUGGUGCAUCUUCAACACCUUCUCCAGACAGUGCCACCACUGUUACCGUGUCUACAGAGCCUGGUGCAUCUUCAACACCUUCUCCAGACAGUGCCACCACUGUGACCGUGUCUACAGAGCCUGGUGCUUCUUCAACACCUUCUCCAGACAUUGCCACCACUGUGACAGUGUCUACAGAGUCUGGUGCAUCUUUGACAACCUCCAGCGGCAGUGCCACCCUGGUGACAACUCCUACAUCUACUACAACUCCUACUGACACCAACACCCAGAUUACAACUACAACAGGAACUGGUGUACCUACUUACAGCGUCACCUCUGGGACAACACCUACAGAGGCUAGUUCAUCUUCCACAACUCUGGCUGGCAGCACAUUUUCAACAGUUGUUUCUGGCACCACCUCAGCUGUGUCUACUUCUAGCCACUCUAACCCUACAACAACCUCUGCUUCCUCCACUUCUGUAACCUCUAAGGUUGUCACCACCACGACUUUCUCAACCUCAACAGCUGGAAUAAAACCUGACACUCAGAGUGCUACCUCCACCACAGUCGCCACUGUCUCUAGUGCUAUACCAGUCCCAUGCUACAACGGAGGGACAUGGAACGGAAAGGUCUGUGAAUGCCUCCCUGGCUUUGGAGGAGAUCAGUGCCAGGACAAGAUCCCGAUCUGCCAGAAUGGAGGCCGCUGGGAUGGGACCAAGUGUGUGUGCACCAGCCUCUAUCAGGGGCCGAGGUGUGAGGAUGUGAUCACAAGCAUUGAUAUAAGUGAUAUAAAGCCUCCGGAGGAUGUCUCUGCCCAGGUUGAACUGUCUGUGACAGUGACCAAUAAGGAAUUCACCGAAGAGCUAAAUAACCGGUCUUCUACAGCGUUCCUGGAUUUCGAGAAGACAUUCACCCAAGAGAUGGACAAAGUUUAUUCCGGAAUCCCUGCAUAUGCAGGAGUUAACAUCACAGGAUUGAGUCGUGGCAGCGUGGUGGUGCAGCAUGACAUCAUCCUGCAGGCCAAGUUCAGCCCGGAAUACAAGGAAGACUUUAAGAAGUUCACCCAAGAGAUAGAGAAAAAAAUUACGAAUGUAACUCAGCAGCAAAUAAUGAGGAAUAAUACCUGCACAACCCAACUGUGCUUCAAUACAACUGCCACAGAGGUGAAAAACGUUUCGAUAACCCAAUACAACCCUGAAGAGGUCUGCCGGGAAAGGGCUGGGAAAGACUUGGCUAAAUACUUCUUUGUGGAGUACAAGGACCUGCAGCCAAACUGCAUCAGCCGCUGCACGCCUGGUUUCAAAGCCUCCAUGGACUGCCACUUCGGGACAUGCAAGCUGGUGCCCAGCGGUCCGAAGUGCUACUGCCUGAACACAGACACUGACUGGUACAGUGGGGAAACCUGUGAGGUUAGCACCAAGAAGAGCCUGGUGUACGGGCUUGUGGGGGCAGUGGGCGCAGUGGUGCUGGUGGCCCUCGUCAUCCUCCUGGUGUUCGUGUUCCGCUCCAAGAGAGAAGUGAAAAGACAAAAGGCCAAAGUGACUGAGUUGUACAACUGGCAUGAGGAGGAUGGUGGACCAGCCCCUGGGACCUUCCAAAACAUUGGCUUUGACAUCUAUGAAGAACCAAAUAGCUCCAUCAACCUGGAUUCCAUCUACAGUAACUUCCAGCCCUCCCUGGACCACAUAGACUCUAAAAAAACGAUAAAAAUUCGGAGGCCUGAGGUGAUGAUGUCAUCAUUUUAAGGCAAAAGAAAUUUCACAUGGAGCUGUGGGGUCUGGAAAUGAGGAGAUCUCCAUUCAGCUAAGUUUCAUGGAACAUUUCUCCAUUAAGAGCAUUCCACGAGAACAUGAUAAGAAAUAAGGAAGGCUCAACCAGCAUGGCUCAGUGGUUGAACACUGACCUAUGAACCAGGAGAUCGUGGUUUGAUUCCCAAUCAGGGCACAUGCCCGAGUUGCGGGCUCCAUCUCCAGUUUGGGACGUGCAGGAGGCACCUGACCAGUGAUUCUCUCUCAUCAUUGAUGUUUCUCUCUCUCCCUUCCUCUUUUAAAUCAAUAAAAAUAUAUUUUUUAAAAAAUAAAAGAAAUAAAGAAGAAGAGAAGAAAGACCACAGUUCUGAGAAUCAAAUAGAAACACCGUGGAACCCCCAAUGGGCUUGUCAUGACCUCAAGCGAGUUCCUUCUGCUGUGUCUGGGAAGGUUCUUCGUCCUCUAAGCCCAGCUUCAGCACCAAGGACAGCAUUCUCACCAACCGGUUUACAGUGGUGAUCCUUCAAACCCUGGCUUGCCUCUCCGUUACACAAAAUAUCUUGUAAAAUGUAUUGAAUCACCUCUUCAUGAAAAACAUGUUUUUUUUUAAUGUAUAGCACUUUUAGUAUAUAAGAUUAUAAGUAUUUUUAAAGUUC